CUCAGUUUCUGGAGAUGAGAGAACCUGUUGCUCAUUGCAUGUUUUCAACCCAUUUGGAAUUAAAGAAAAGUUUUGUCAUUCUGAUUUAACGGAUAUAUUUACACAGCUGCAGCAAUGCCUUGUGUUGAGAUGCAGUAUGGAGCUCUCCCUUACGAAAACAACUACUUCUGCCCUGAUUUCGUGAAUUCAGGAGUGUCAACCAAACUGGGUAUAGAUAUCAGUGACCAGAGGGAGCAGCCAUCUCCACUUUCGCUGCCUAGCAUCAACACUCUAGUGGGGAGCCAUGCUGAUGUGCUUGAUACCUUCUCUUGCCAGUUCACUGCCUCGGUCUCCACUUCCACAAGCACAGGCAUACCUGGUGAUGUCCAUGGUCCCUUAGUGGAAGGCUUGAGCCUACGUGGCCAACAGUCUCCCUUUAAGCUGGAUGACAUCCAGGUGUAUGGCUGCUACCCGGGCACCUUUGCCCUCAGAUAUUUGGAUGAAACAGUGUCCUCCAGCGGAUCUGAUUACUAUGGAAGCCCCCUUUCUGCCACUGCCUCGCCCCCCACCUCAGGCUUGCAAACCCAGUCUACCUCUGCCUGGGACAGCCCCUUCAGCCCAUUCUCUCCUGGCCCUAGUUGUUGGGCGUCAGACAUCAGCACGCUACCCCAGCAGUCCUCAUUCUUCACAUUUAGCACCCCAGUGGGGCAGCAGGUGCCAAUAGUGGAUCACCAGCUGCAGCUCGGUGAGGAGGACACCUUUGGCCAGCCAACCCAGCUUCAGCAUGCAUCUCCGUUACACUUCCAGGCCCUGGAGCUUGACCAUGGGCACUUGAGUAGUCCUGUGCUAAAAGAGGAGAGAGCUGAGUCACACUCAUCUCCAAAAACACAAAGCCCCAAUGAGGGACAGUGUGCUGUUUGUGGGGACAAUGCAUCCUGUCAGCACUAUGGGGUGCGUACCUGUGAAGGGUGCAAAGGAUUUUUCAAGCGUACUGUUCAGAAGAAUGCUAAAUAUGUAUGCCUCAGCAAUAAAGAAUGCCCAGUUGACAAGCGACGCCGGAACCGUUGCCAGUUUUGCCGUUUUCAGAAGUGCCUUGCAGUUGGAAUGGUCAAAGAAGUGGUGCGGACAGACAGUCUUAAAGGUCGAAGAGGACGUCUGCCUUCAAAGCCUAAGAAUAUUCUGGACAGUGCUCCACCAGUGAAUAUUACUGCGUCUCUUGUAAAAGCUCAUAUCGAUUCCAGUCCUGCCAUGGGAAAACUGGACUACUCCAAAUAUCACGAAGAUGUGACAAGUGUGUCUGAAAAGGAAGAUGCCAGUGACAUCAAACAGUUCUAUGAUCUUCUCACUGGGACCAUGGAAGUGAUACAGAAAUGGGCUGAGGCUAUCCCAGGAUUCAGUGCCUUCUGCCGGGAAGACCAGGAGCUCCUACUGGAGUCUGCCUUUGUGGAGCUUUUCAUUCUGAGAUUAGCUUACAGAUCAAAUCCGGAGGAGGACAAACUGAUAUUUUGUAAUGGUGUGGUGCUGCACCGCUUGCAAUGUGUGCGUGGCUUUGGUGACUGGAUUGAUUCAAUCAGGGACUUCUCCCAGAGCCUCCAUCGCAUGAGCUUGGAUGUACCAGCCUUCUCUUGCUUGGCAGCCCUUGUCAUCAUCACUGACCGCCAUGGACUAAAGGAACCAAAACGCAUAGAAGAACUCCAAAACCGCUUAAUCGCCUGCCUGAGAGAUCAUGUUGCCAGCAGCAGCACAGACCACAGCAGAUCUACACCCAACCUAUCUCGUUUGUUAGGCAAGCUUCCAGAACUGAGGACUUUGUGCACACAGGGAUUGCAGCGUAUCUUUUACCUGAAGCUGGAAGACCUGGUGCCUCCACCCCCUAUUGUAGAGAAAAUUUUCAUGGAUACUCUUCCAUUCUGAGAAGCAAAAAUGGAGAUCACUUAACGGAAAUAUGUGUUAUACAACACACAUAGUGAAAUUGGAGUAAUGAGAAGAUAUAGUAUGAAGAACAGACCACUGACUUGAAUGGAGGGCAAGAGAGAAAUAUGUUUGCCAAAUUAUUGAGAAAGUCCCUUGAUAGGAGAUUUUCUAAGACACUGUUCUUUGCACCUAACCUUUAGAAACUGCUGUUCUUAGGAAAGUGAUCAACAUAUUUGUGGACAAUUGGUCACCAUUUCGUAUAAAAAAUAUACAUCUUCAUUUCCUCCUUUGUCUGAACCAUUUUUAUGUUGGAGCACAAAAUCAGAGGGCAUUUAAUUUCUAAACUUUAAUUUUAAUUGAUAGAUGUGUGUUUUUGGUUUGACUUUAUUGCUAUGGAAAUGUAUUUAUAUAUUCUGUGAAUGCAAUUGACUUAGAUUUUCAGAAUAACCAGGAAUUUCUUUUGCAGUUUUUCUUUGUAAACAUGUGUUGUUGAUUUAAUAUUCCUAUAUUUCCAAAGGCAAAGUAAAAACCUUUUAAAUAAGAUCAAAAAGACCAAGGCAACUAUGAAAUCUCAUUUGGUUUAAAUGGCAGUGUUGAUUAGUGACUCUUUGUACACCAUUAGGGACUCUUUCAAUACAUCAAGUCCAUAAGUCCAGUAUAAUGCAAAUAAUGGGACUUCACACAUGACAUACACAUAUACACCCUUCCCUGUCAGCAGCCCCAAAUUAGCAUUAGCAGAGGACAUACUUUAACUUAAACCUUUUAAAUUUAAAAGAGUACAUUUCAUAUAGCAAGUGUAAUAUGUAGAACAGUCAGGACAAUUGCAUACAUAGUUCCAUAGUUCCAAACGCAAAUAAAUCCACCUAGACUGCUUAUAACACUCCAUAACACUUGUCUGAAAUGUCUGUGAUUUGUUAAGGUAUUCAUAUACUCAGCAACACUGUUUUGAAUAAGAAUGUAACACAGGGAGUAGGCACACUACAAGAUGGACCUCAUUAAUUGUGGUCUUUAACUGCAGAGGCGCAACAUAACAUGUAUUAAGUAUCUCAAAUCUUUUUAUUUGAAAUAUAAUUAAAGUUGUUAAACUGCCCACACAUUUAAUAAUAAUUAAAUUAAACAGAUUAACUACAUUAAAAGUAAGCCUUUAACAAAGUGUGAAGAUUGUCUAAGUAGUGUCUUAUAUAGGUCAUACAUCUCAUUUAUAUCCCUUCUUGAAGAUAUUAACAUUUUUAUUGUGAAAUGUUCAUCAGUAUUUUUAAACAUUCAUUAUUCACAUUAUUUGCUUAUCGCAAUGAAAUUAUUUUCACUGUUAUGGAUUCCAGUUUAGGGAUACCUGUGGAAAUUCUUUACAUGACUUACAGUUGUGUAAUUGGAAAUCUGAAUACUAAUGUAUUCAAUUACUUCAAUAAUUAGCAAGUAUUACAGAUUAUGUAAUGCUGACUCCUAUAAUAUAUGUUUUAUAUUCAGGUUUGUACCAAUUAAUUAUAUUAAUAUUAAAUACAACAAAGGGCAAGAAGUACUGUGGCCUGAAUACAUUAAAAAAUAGUCAUGCUCUAGUGGAUGAUGUCAUAAUCCUAAACUCUAAAUACUGUAAUAAAACACUAAUUACAUUUAUGACAUUUGUUCUCAAACAUGAAAAGUGGAAUUCUAGUACUGUUACUGAACUUCUGCUUGCUUUUUUUCUUUUGGAUUUACUGAUAUCUGAACUGGAUGUGUAAUCAAAUGACUAAUAAUGAGCAGCUAUCAGCACUUGAGGCAGCAUUUUUAAAAGGAAUACUUGUUGCUUGAAUUUGUACAUUUGUUAUACCAGUGUGUAAAUUUGAGUUCUUUGUCCUUGUUAGUUUUAUUGAUGUAUAUUUCAGAAAUGAAAAGCUAUUUUAUAAAACCCACUGAUACAACAUU